CGCACACACCAAGACAGAGUGUGCUGGGCAGUAGCUGUGGCGAUUAAUGACUUUUAGCACACUCCAGAUUGACACAGUUCAUCUAGCUAUGGAAGAAGUUAUACAUUCUGGGACAUGUCCUGAAUUAAAAGAUUUGGAAGUAAAACUUGGCAUGAAGACACCGGAGAGUUUGUUGAGAUGCAUGAGGGAGGAUUACACAAGUGAUGAACGCGCCCUGGAUACUGAUGAGAGACUGUCCAUGAUUCUUCCCGAGGAACUUUUUGAGAAAAUGAAAAGCCUGAAACUUCAGAUGUUACAUCUCUUACAGGAGCAGGUGCGAUCGGCAGACGUGAGAAUUUUGCGCCAGUUGCUGUCCCUGCAUGAAGGUGUGGAGAUGCUCCGAUGGCUACAGGGUGAUCGGAGCACCCUCACCAGUCUAACGGGUAGCCUGACAGGCAGUCAGUCCAGCCUGGGAGAGGCGGCUGUUAUGGUCCACGAACCCGGUGGCGAGUCCCCCGGCUGUUGCCCAAGUACACCACCUGAAUCUACACACAGGCCGUGUCCCUCGCCCUCCGGGUCCGCGCAGUGCUCUACAUCAUGUGACGGUUCUAGUGAGAUCUCUAAUCAAGCCUGCUCAACAGUGUCCAGUCCAUCUGCUCCAACAGCCUCAUCACAUGAGGGUGGCCCAGCGGAUCUCAAAGUACUAGCUGCCGUUCUCCAGAGGCCCACCAAGAUGGACUGCAGCAAAGAUCAGUUUGUAGGCACUGCGUCAUCUGAUGACAGUGGGCUGGCUCAAAGCAGAGUUGUGAAGGGUGAAGUGAUUGACCACAGUGAGGGAGGUAUCCCGUCUACCCAGGGGGAACCUGAGCUCUCCUUAGGUCAGAGUGAGGCCCUGCUGGGCUAUGAUACACACUGGUGCUGGGUGGAGUCAAAGGAUGAUGUGACCUUCCUAUGAUAAGCUUCCAUUUUUUCAGCUGUAGCCCAUUCAUCUCACUGAGAAAAAGGUGACAUUGGUUGCAGAAUGAGUAGCAAGGAAUCAAUACAUAGCAGAUCUGUUAGCCAGUUUAGUUGAGUUCUACACAAGUCGUUAGUUACAUAGUGCAACAUUUGUAUUUUUUGCACUACAUGUGAGAAAUCGGUACAGGUUUAAAAAGUAAAGUUUCUCCAUGCCAGCCAGCAUAUCAUGGGUUUAGAUCUUUCCAUCAUUUCUACAAACACUGAAUGUUAUUGUGUGCACUGUAAUGGUUGUGAAGACAGCAGUUAUAAGAUGUCAAAGGCUAUUUGAUUUGUACAAUUAAAUCACAUGGGUUGACAACUCCCCCACACAGCAUAAAUGGCUCUUCAACUCAAGAAAUCACAACAUCCUGUAUAAAGCUGUUUCACAGCUACUGUCAGCUCAUGAAUGUUGCUAUUCGGGAUAUAUGGCUGCAGUGAUAAUUAAGUGUUUGAUUAUUUAAAAAGAGACUUUAAUCAUUAAAAAGUCAUUAAUAAUGCUAACAACUCUAAGACCAUGUGACUAGAGUCUAAAACCCAGUGUGUCUGAUGAUUUUGACAGCUAACGGUCAUCUCCUCAAGAGUGCAGGACUUUCCAAUGAGGUUAAUAUGUGAGCAAUGUGUAAAGAUAAGACCUUCUGCUGAACAGAGAUACUGCUGGCAGGCAGUUAUCUAGUGCUGAAGGUCGAGGAACAGAGAUGGAAGUUUUAGUAACAAGUGUUUUUACUAAAGCGUUUACAGUUUCUGUAAAAUGUCUCUAAUUUUUAGGGAAGCUAAAUGUAAAAUGCACAGUGUGCAUAUGUUUUGUUCCAUAUCCCCUUUUAAAGUGAUAACCUAUGUAAUAAAAUAAGCUAAACCAA